AUGGUUUUCGUCUUUAGAUUAUUUAUUAACUAUUCAAAGUUAACAAUAGAACUACUCAAUGAGGAGACGAAGGGAAAGAUCACAAUGGGUGCAAAAGGUACUACUGAACCCAUAGUUUAUAGUGGUGUUGGUGGUAGUGUUGGUAUGAAAGUACCACUCAAGGCCACAGGAAAAACAAUGAAAUUCACUCUAGGAAACAUAGUACAUAAUAUUGUUGACGAUGAUUAUAAAUUACUGCUCGAUGGUGAACCAAUUUUAAAUUAUGUAUCUGAUCCCGAAGCUGAAUGUUGCCUCGUAAUAACUGGAGGUGACAAUCCAGAGUUUAUGAGUGUACAAAUACUUAAUUAA